AAGAAAUAACAAUAUUAUCACAAAGAAGAAAUAAAAUAAAAACUGUGUGAUGGCAAAAAUGUGAGCGUAUGUGUGGGGUUUUCCUUUCCGAGAAGAAGAAGCUUGGCUUGGCACUGCGGAAGUUGAGCAAAGGGAAAAAUAAAGGUUGCGCAAUUGUAGUGUUUGGGAAUGGAAUUGGGUUUGAAUUUAGGGUUGUAUUUGUACCCUCCAUCAUCACCACUAUGUACUACUAUUAGCAAGAAGCAUAGACUCAACAAUUACAAUUACAAUGUUAGUAAGAAACUCUCCAUUUCCAUGGCCAUGCUAUCUGCUCCCCAGGCAUAUGAUUCAGAGUUAGAGAACAAAAAACAUGAACUUUUGACCUCUCUACAAGACACACAAAGAGGCCUCUUAACAACUCCUCAUCAACGUUCUUUUAUAGAAGAAGCUCUUGUGAAUGUGGAAGGGAGCAACAAGGGUGAGCCAAUUGAUUUGGACAAGUUGGAUGGAACAUGGCGCCUGCAAUAUACUUCUGCUUCUGAUGUUCUCAUUCUCUUCCAAGCUGCUGCUACACUUCCUUUCUUUCAAGUUGGACAGAUAUUUCAGAAAUUUGAAUGCCGUGGUAACACCGAUGGAGGCGUUAUUCGUAAUGUUGUUCAAUGGAGUAUUCCAAAUUUGUUAGAGGAACAAGAAGGUGCUACUUUGCUUGUAUCUGCCAAGUUUACUCUUGUAUCUGUCCGUAAUAUCUACCUUCAGUUUCAAGAGAUCACAGUUCAAGAUAUAAAUAUUAGUGAACAGGUGCAGGCUCUGUUAGCUCCAGCAAUACUACCACGAUCUUUUAUAAAUUUACAGAUCUUGCAAUAUCUUCGUUCUUUCAAGGCUCAAUUCCCUGUGAGGGAUCCAGGAAGGGAAUCGGUCGGAGGACUAUAUUACCUGAGUUAUUUGGAUGAUAAUAUGCUUUUGGGUCGUGCUGUUGGUGGAGGAGGAGUGUUUGUGUUUACACGAGCUCAAUCGCUUUACUGAUGAGCAUUGAUCUGUUGAUUAAGUCUCAUUGCUUGUCUGCAAUAACAGUAAUACUCAAUGAGCCGUCGAUACAGAGAUGAAGAAAUAGAUUGGAUAAGACAUAAUAUGUAAUUGUUGUGAAUUGUGAUAUAUUAUUUGAAAUGCUACUUUUUGUUUUGUAUCUAUUGAUUUCAUUUUCAUUAUUGUAUAUUGAUAUAGUUUGUGCUCAAUAUAGCUUUUGAUAUAAGAUGCCUA